AAGUAUUCGAAUAACCAUAUUAUGGUUAUGUUUUGAUUAUACUUCGUUACACAGCUGUUUCUAUGUUUGUUUGUCAUUCAGAAAAGUUGAAGAUUAAAUUGUGGUCAAGAAAACUUGUAGACAAAUUAUGAACGAAGGAGUUAUCUCCAGCUACGAGCAUUUAUUUGGUGGUUCUGGUUUGCCGUCUGACCUAGCUAUAGAAAUGGCAGCGGCCACUUCGCUUCACACAGCUAUCGGAACGGAUUACCAUAAAGAAAUAAUCCCACAGCAAUCACAACAACAACAUUCACGGUCUUUUCAUCAUCCGUCGACAUAUAACAAUUUAAUCGGUACUACAGGAGACGGUGCGACCCAAAAUAUAGUUCCCGCACAAAUGAAUUUUAGUUGUAAUAAUAACAAUGGUGCAACAUAUAUUGGUAACAGCGCGAGUAAUACUGUUUUUACACAUAUUCCAUUCGUUCAAAUUCAUACGACUGAUGUGCAGCCACAGAGUGCAUUUAAUAGUACACGAUUCAGAAGAAAUGUCACUAAUAAUAAUCAAGAAGAAAUAAAAGCUGAACUAAUAAAGUCGGAAAAUUCUGAAAGUGCCAAAGAACGAAUAAAUGGAACUCCCACACCACCAGUACCUGUGCAGCAGAGAAGUGAAGGUCAGAUUUCUAAAAAUUGUACUCAAAAUGAGAAAGAAGCUUAUUCGGAUUUAGAAACUUCUCAUGGAAUUUCGGAUAAAGUAAAUGAACAAAACACAAAAACAUGCACAAAAGGAAAAACGGCGUUUGCAUUUCCAGAUAUUUAUAAAUGUCAGCAAUGUGCUUUUAUAAGUUUGACCGAAAAGGGUUUGCAACUCCACCUCGAAUCCAGGUUUCAGGAACACUCCCGCGUUUGUGAAAAUGCCAUUAGUCGAACGGAACUACGAUGUCCAGGUUGUGAAAAUAUCUUCUACGCUUAUUCGGUUGUCGAGAUUCAUUUACGAGAAGACCAUUUAAUGCCCGAACAAGAUAUAACAAAACUAAUGCAGAUUAUUAAAAUAAAUAACCAACCUUCUGAGCAUUCGGACACCGCUAGCACCGUAAAAGGCUCUGAUAUAGAAGUUUCGAGUGACACUUCAAUCAAGGGAACAACGCGAAGAAGUCGGAUAUAUUUGAAGAAUGUUGAAUGUUUGCGAGAACCGAAUAGAGAUCCGAUUGAGCAACAAGAUAAUCUAAUCAAUGAUAGCCUUUUUCAUUUUGAAAAUGAUGAGUGCAAUUCGCUAGAAAACAUCGGUAGCAUUAGCAUGGAGGAGCAGGAUCUUAUAGGCAUGCUUACUAACGGCGAACCGUUAUUUCACAACAAAAGUGACAAUAAUAUUGAUAAUAUUGUGAAUGAAACUAUUGUGCCAAACGUAGAAAUAAAUAAGCCAGCAAAUCCACCUAAACAAAAAAUUUCUAUUAAGAGUGUUGAUGUACUACGAGAACCUGCUCUGGCGCGUCGUGAUUAUGAGAUGCAAUCUUUUGGAGAUUUCAUUAGCGUCUGUAAUGAUUUAAAUUUACAUGUACCUAACAAUAUCAACAACAAUAACGAAAGUAACUGUGAUAACAACCACAGGAGAGUAAAUGACGCGGAUGGGCAAUACAGUUAUUCUGUGGCUCCGAAUAGAGAAGCACUCGUUGGUAACAAUGGCGAUGCUGGCAUAGCAGAAUUCACAAAUGAUUUCGAAAAACCAAGAAGACCUAAAAUUUACAUAAAAAACGUUGAUAUACUAAAAGAGCCAAUUACAUUUUCGAACAAUGUCAAUGCGCCAUCUAUAACAGAGUCCACUAACAACGUAAUGAAUUUCAAUUUUAUGCAACCAACCAUACCGCAAACUGUGAAUUCUUAUCUAGAUACCGUUGAUAGCCUAAACGCAACAGUGCCGCCUUUUAAUAGUGGCAUGUCACAGCUCCCCCUUGGAACUAUAUCGGAUCAGUAUCUCUUCGAUAGUGGAGGUGGGAACUUUUUAGUAAACAGUUCCACUACCGUCUCAGAUAACUACACUUAUGGCAAUGAGCAAACUACAGAAAACUUUCUAAUGGAUUCUAAUCGGUUUACUGAUGCGAUUACACCAAUGACAACGGAACCUACACCGCCACCUCCUACUAUGAGUACAACAGUAAGUAAUAUUAACAAUUGUACGUCGGACGCUCUGCCCACACAAAAUACCUCUGCCAUUACAAAUGUACAAAAGCAGAAAAUUUUUAUAAAAAAUGUGGACAUUCUGAAAGAACCACAGUUCCAAGAGCCACGUGGCUUACUACAUUUGCGUACCGUUGAUGAAUUAAAUUUAAUGAACAGAAAAGACGUUGAAAACUUAAUAGCACCGAAUUUGGAGGGGAAUCAAACAAAUCUCGUGGAAGAGGAACUGAGUGAUAACUUUGCGCGAUUGAAUAAUGCAAAUGAAGCUGUGUUGUCGGCCAUUGAUAAUUGCAAUGCCAGCAAUCUAAUCGAAGCGAUAUCCUAUGGUUGUGAAGGAUUUAAAUUGAAUGAGUUUUCAACACAAAACGGUUGGCACGAUGACUAUGACUUGGGUGACGAUAUUAGGGAGAUCAUAACGAGUACCAUGGCCCCAACUUUACCUUCAGCUCAGAAGGCAAUACAUGAUUUGGAUACACCGCAAAUAUCUCUGAUAUCGAUACCAGAUAUGGAAGAGCUCACCGGAACAAGUGCUGAAGUUAAUGCCAGUUCGGGGUCCGUAACAAACGGGGACCCUACAAUGACCUCGACUGUAACACAACAACAAUCAAGUGCAAAUUUUACUUUUGAACGUGAAAUCGCCUCCGCAGAUAAUAUUACUUUUGAUGAACCGGUUUGUAGCUCUGAAAAUGUAGUCAAUUCCACUGCGAUCUGUAAUGAGGUUAUGUCGGACCCCCAAACAGAACCUGAGUCGAUAGGUACAUCCAUAACAGAAAACACAGAAGUACUAAAACAAGAGCGCUUGAAUCAAGCCACCCCUGGAGAACACACCGAUCCGGCACCCUCAAAAAAUAAUAAAGAAAACAAUUUUAAUGACAUUCCCCCGCUCACACCAAUGACUUCAGCUACAUAUGCUAUAAGUACUAACAUAAAUACCUCAACAUCAAUUGGUGCCCCGACUGGUUUACCGGUGCCGCCACUGGUACCUAUGUUACCACCAAAAGCUAUAACGCUAACUAACGUUAACACCCCUGCGAAUUCAACGGAACGUGGACGCAUUUAUGUAGCGAACAAUCUCAUGCAAGCACCUAACGCAGCGGCUAUGGGGCAAACACCAGCGGCCAAAUCUAACAAUACGAAGAGUUUAGACAAACAGCAACCCAAAACACCAAUUGCUGUCUCUGUAAUGGGUGGAACUUCGGUACGUGGCCGACCGUUUGGUUCGAAUCGUACUGGCAUAACAAAGCUUCGCAAGCAACCGCCUAACGAAAACGGAGCAGGCGUUUACCUGAAGUGCACUGUUGCGGGUUGUGCCUUCCGAUUUAAAAAAUCGAUCACAUUAGAUUACCACAUUAAGUGCCAUAACAGUGAGUCUCAACCUCAGUCAAUGGCAUGUCCUGAAUGCAAAGCGCCGUUCACCAACUGGAACUCGUUGCAUACUCACCUCUGGCGUACGCAUAAAAUCGACAUGGAGCUAUAUAGCUGUGAACUGUGCAGCUUCAAAACACCUAUAUAUUCAAGGUUACUAAACACACAUUCCAAAAUUCAUUAUGAUGAACGAAAUUAUAAGUGUGAUCAGUGCGAGAAAGCUUUCAAAAAUACAAAACAAUUGAAAAAUCAUCGGCGUUGGCACCGCAACCAUAACAAAUCCACAACAUCUCCAUCAGCGAAGCGGGAAAGUUCAAAGAGAACAGAUGUAUCCGCGUCCGAAAGCAGCGGUCCAGCGCUGUUACCGCCAUCAUCUAGCACAAGCAUAUCUGAUGCAACUCAAGUACCUGUAACCGCUGCGCGUAAUUUUUAUAGAUGCAAGGACUGCGAAGCUGUUUUUUCACAUCAGAAAACAUUACGAGAUCAUCUGUGCAAGAACGCCGCCGCAGCAAUACAAUGCGAAGUGUGCGAUCGAGUACUGACUUCACGCUCCUCCAUCAAGUUGCACAUGCAAUCGCAUGAGUCAUCGCGGCGUUUUAAAUGUAACAUCUGUGAGUAUUCUGCCAGUGACCACAAUGCUUUUCGGCGACAUAAAAUGACACACGACAAUAAUGCGAAGAUGUAUGCUUGCGUUCACUGUGAUUACAAGUCAAUACAAAGCGUGGCCUAUCAGAAACAUGUUCAACAAAAACAUCCACAAGUGGCCGAUUCCAUCGUUUAUAAGUGCACAAUAUGCCCAUAUACCACCAUAAAUAAGGGUUUAUUCGACGUACAUCGAGUUAAACAUGAAAAUAAGAAUGGCAACAAUGAAGCAACUACUGCAAUUUCUGGUGAAAAUGUAGAUAGCGUAGAAAAAACAACAACAAAAAAAACGAAGAUAAAAGUGAAGAGCCACUUAUUACUGACCACUUCGGCAGAUUCGACCAUGGAAUUAAAUGAGUUAUGCUUCGAUGCAGUAACUAUGCCGUCAUAGUCAUAACUUAAUGUGGUAACGUAGAAAUGUUGCCAAAAAAAAAUAAAAUUUUUAGCUUUGGAUUUACUUUUAUUUGAAAAAUUGUUGAACUACUGUAAAUUCACUAUGUAUGUAUGUAAUUAUGUAAAUAGUUUAGGUUAAUUAGUUUUAGCCCCAACGGCAAUGCUAAGUGCAAACUUGGUUAUCAGAAUAUAUUUGCUCAUACUUUAUAUGAAAGAUUUAAUGUGGUCUCAAAAACCAUAACAAUAAUAUUUUAUGAAACGGUAAAUUAACAGGAUAAAGUAAUACAACUGAAUAAAAUGAAUGUUUGAAUGAUUUGAAUUUUCGUUAGCAUUGCCUUUGAGUACAUUUAUACUAGCCCUAUGACAUUUUUUCAUCUUUGUAUAUUUUUAAGUGUUAAGAAUCUAUGUAGUUAAGAGUGUAUGUCGCUUGUAGAUUUUAACGUGUAUACCAUGUAUGUACUGUAUAAUAUUUUAUUUGAUAUCCUUAUACAAUAUAUGAGAACAGUAUGAUAUACAACA